AUGGCAUCCCAUGAUGUGCGAGACAUGCUUGAAAUCUCAGGAGACCCGCAACGACCAUCAAAGAAGCUUAAGAACAGUGGAGUAAAGAGCACAUUGAAGGGCCUGGCGCGUGAAGUGCAGAGUCUAGGCGGCGAUAUCCCUAUUUCAAUAGUUCCAGAAACCUCUCUUUUCAAGAAGAGGCGAUUUGGAAUCCGAAAACCUGCCAAUAAAUGGGACUUGAAGCCAUUCAAAAAUACAGCAAGAAAUGACCAAUCGUUAAUUCUUCGACACUGGAAAAAAGUAGAUGAGAAUUCUCAUAAAUAUGACGGGGAAUAUGAUAGUCAACCAAUGUUAUCAAUUGAUGAUUGUCAGAUCGAAGAUUCCGCGUUUGCGAAGUUUAACGUGAAGCCAAAGAUCCCAAAGUACGAUGGAAAUAUUUACGACCUUAAGCUUCAACAUCCUGACUGGACCAAGCAAGAAACAGACUACCUCUUUUCCCUUGUUGAUGAUUAUGAUCUUAGAUGGCCUAUCAUAUGGGAUCGAUAUGCCUAUCAGCCUCCGUCAACUGAGACAUCACAGGAAAACUGCUCAGUCACUCAAAAGCCAACAACUCGAACUAUGGAGGACUUAAAGGAUCGUUACUACAAAGUCGCUUCGGAGAUGAUGGAGGUUUCCAUGGAUAAGAUGUGUAUGUCUACAUUUGAGUUCAACCUACUUAGUGCCAUGCAGAAAUUCAACAAAAGUCAAGAGACCGCUCGCAAAAAGUAUGCUGAGGCGACUUUCUAUCGAACCAAAGAAGAGGCAAGAGAAGAGGAAAACCUUCUGUUAGAAUUAAAUCGUAUUCUUGCACGUUCAGAAAAACUUGGGUACGAACGGCAAGAACUGUACUCCCGGCUUGACGCCCCACCAACAACAAUUCCUAUCGGCGCAUAUACAUCAAGCCAAGGGCUACAACAAUUACUUACUACCCUAGUUCAAGCAGACAAGGUCAAGAGGGGAAAGACCUUCAGUGGCUCAAAUUUGAGCAUUCCCGGCUCAAAUGCAUCAAAUCAACCGGGUAAUCAUGGCGAAUUACGAAGAGAAAGUGCAGCACGGGAACCUGCGUCUGCGACAAGUGCCAGCAACAAAAAGAUUUCUCAAGGGAUACCCGAUCGUCGGCAUCUUUCUCCAGAGGAAGUGGUUCUUUUCGGUGUUAGACAUUUCGAUCGCAUCACAAAUACUGGUCCCGCUUUCCGUCAUGACAAAAUAAUGAAACCUGUCAUUAGUAAAUCAUCGGCUCAGCAGGCUAAGAUAAAUAAUAUCCUUACCGAGCUUCGGAUUCCCUCGAGACUUCUCAUGCCAACUUAUCGUGUAGGGGAAGCAUUUGAAAGCUUGCAGCAUAGUAUUUCUCUACUGCUUGAACAAAAAAAGAUUGCCGACAAACUUCAAGGAGAAAUCUGUUUUUUGAAAGCUCUAAAAGAAGAGAGAGUAAAAGCAGCCUCAUCCGAUAAACCCCAGUUUCCUGAACUAGAAUUUGGAGAAGGACCGAGCAAAGAGAAUAAAAGCAUAGAAUCUCAUGAUAUUAUUGCAGAUGAAUUAAGAGACGAAGAAAAAGAAAGCCCGGCAUCUAGUGCGAAUAUGGACAGUCCACGUAGAAGAAGUACCAGUGUGACUAGUAAUCAUAGCGCAAAACGCCGUAAAAGAUAA